CCACUGUUACAUACAUAUCCCAUUUAAACGCAGGAGAACAAGCGUGGCAAAGCCUUACCAGUGAGCUGCCUCCUUGCUGUCAAGAAUUUCAAUCAUGCUCUCUUUCACAAUACGACAACUGGCAAGACCGGUGUGCCAGCGGUGUCCAGCGGCAGUGGGGGUGGCAUGGAGGGGGCAGCACUCGCAGACGGCAGCGCGCAGCUCCGAGCAGUACGAGCGGCCGUGGACUGGCCAGGACAGCCUGGCACAGGACGACCCCGAGAUGUGGGACCUGCUGACCAAGGAGAAGGACCGGCAGUGCCGCGGCCUGGAGCUCAUCGCCUCCGAGAACUUCUGCAGCCGCGCAGCGUUGGAGGCCCAGGGCUCCUGCCUCAACAACAAGUACUCAGAGGGCUACCCUGGCAAGAGGUACUACGGUGGCGCUGAGAUGGUGGACCAAAUCGAGCUGCUGUGCCAGAAGCGGGCUCUGGAGGCCUUCGACCUGGACCCUGCCAAGUGGGGGGUCAACGUGCAGCCCUACUCCGGCUCCCCGGCCAACUUCGCCGCCUACACCGCUGUGCUCAAGCCCCACGACCGCAUCAUGGGUCUGGACCUGCCUGACGGAGGACACUUGACCCACGGCUACAUGUCUGACGUGAAGCGCAUCUCGGCCACAUCCAUCUACUUCGAGUCCAUGCCCUACAAGCUGAACACUAAGACUGGUCUCAUAGACUAUGAUCAGAUGGAGCUGACCGCACGUCUCUUCCGGCCUCGCCUGGUCAUCGCCGGCACCAGCGCCUACGCGCGCCUCAUCGACUACGCCCGCAUGAGGAAGCUGUGCACUGAAGUGAAGGCCUACCUGCUGGCUGACAUGGCUCACAUCAGUGGGCUGGUGGCUGCCCGAGCCGUCCCCUCUCCGUUUGAUCACGCUGACCUGGUCACCACAACCACACACAAGUCCCUCAGAGGAGCCAGAGCCGGUAUGAUUUUCUACCGCAAGGGUGUGCGCUCAGUGGACAAGAAGGGCCGUGAGAUCAUGUACGACCUGGAGGACAAGGUCAACUUCUCCGUCUUCCCCUCGCUGCAGGGCGGCCCACACAACCACGCCAUCGCUGGGGUGGCCGUCGCCCUCCGCCAGGCCAACACGCCCAUGUUUAAAGAGUAUAUCGGCCAGGUAAUGCGCAAUGCAAAGUCCAUGGCUGCUGCGCUGCUCAGGAAGGGCUACACCCUGGUCUCAGGUGGCACAGACAACCACCUGGUGCUGGUGGACCUGCGGCCGCAGGGCAUGGACGGGGCCCGGGCCGAGCGUGUGCUGGAGCUGGUGUCCAUCACGGCCAAUAAGAACACCUGUCCAGGAGACAAGAGUGCCCUGACCCCCGGCGGUCUGCGGUUAGGUGCACCAGCCCUCACCUCUAGGCAGUUUAAGGAGGCUGACUUUGAGCAGGUGGUGGAUUUCCUGGAUGAGGGCUUCCAAAUCGCUCUGGACGUGAAGAAGAAGACAGGCAAGCUGCAGGAGUUCAAGAACUUCCUCCUGGAGGACCCCGAGACGGUGGCGCGCCUGGCCGAACUGCGGCACCGCGUGGAGGCUUUCGCCCGGCCCUUCCCCAUGCCUGGCUUCCACGACCACUAGGGGGCCACAGCAGGAGAGGGUGAUGAGAGAGAGAGAGAGUGGAAGAUGAGGUGGAGGUAGGGUGAUUUUAGAAGAGGAAGAGAGAUGAACAAAGUGGACACACAGGAACAAAGAACACUUGUCCUUUAAAACACCUGUCCUUUAAAACACCUGUCCGUUUUAAAAAGGGCCAAACAAUGAGAACUUCGUCCUUCUUUUCCAAAUCAUGUUUCAUGCUGUGACUUCUCAGGAAUUGGCGAUAGACAGUAGAGUCUCUCUCUCUCUCUCUCUCUCUCUCUCUCUCUCUCUCUCUCUCUCUCUCUUCUCCCUCUCUUUUUUUUUUUUUUUCUCCUUUUUUUUUCUUUAUCUUUUUCUUUCCACUUUUUUUGUUUACACAAAUCGCUGUUGUCAUACCGUCUGCCCGCGCCUAAAACGGGACGUAAUCUGCGAGAUAAUCACACACACGCACACGCACACGCGCACACACACACACACCCGCGAGACCAUGGCCAGCCCUCAGGUGAUGUGCUAUCCGUCACUAGCCAGGGGAGCUGACCGGAGCCAACCGGACAAACGCAUAGUCUUAAAGCUGAGGUGGAGAGGGAGCAUCUAGGAGACCAGCGGAGGAGAAGAGGAGAGAUGCACACUUACGUUUCUUAAAUAGACUUGCUCAGGCACAGGGCAAGAGAGAGCACGUAGACUGCAGCCUCAAUUAUAAUGUAUAGUGAUGUCGUUUUCUGUGAUAAACUUUGUUUCUUACACUAGGGGGUCCAACUGAGGGUGAGUGAAUUGACUAACCAGUGGUAGAUUCAAAAGGGCAUGCUGGAUGCAGAUCUCCACGGAGAUUUGCUCUGCAUCAGCGAUGCCACAUUCGCUGCCCACUGCAAGGAUGGUGACUUAACCUUUUAGUGAUAUGACACCUUGCAUAGAAAAGAAUUACAAUCCAGUCUUUUCACUGUCUGGGUUUGUAAAAAAGACCCAAGAAAGUAAAAGAGAAUUGAAACAAUACAGCUGUAUAUAUAAUUAACUCUAUAAAGAUAGUCCAGUGCUGAAAUGCUUUAUUGACUGGCGCUGGAUGAGUAAAUUGACCAAUAAAAGCGAACAUGAACUGAAUCAUUGUAAUGGAUCAUGUCACUGUGCUGGAGGCCAGUGUGUUUACAGAAGGUUUAUCCUGCACCGUGAACCUUUUCUAUAUUAGCUUUUGGACAGGUACGCUUUUGGACAGGUACGCAUUGUUUAUUUCCAUUUUAAUCAUCUGCUAACGCCUAUGCCUUUUUGUAAAAAAAAUCUACUUUCAUGUUCUCAAGAAUAUGAAGUGCAGAAUGCUUGCUAAUUCUCUAACCUUCUGCCGAGUAGUGUUCAUGAGCAGAAUAUGACAGAAUUCAUGCUGUCGGCAUGUUUUUCUGAAACUUCAGACUUUUAACCCUCAUUAGACAUAGAGAUGUUUUAGAAGAUGCACUACAAUUUAGUAGUGGUACACAUCUCCAACCAUUUCAACAUCAGCAUUUGUGUGGAUGUUAGAGACAUGAGUGUAUGAACCUGGUGAUGUAGUAGUACUGACCUUUGACCUUUACACCUCAAACCCGAAGGCCCCCCACGGCGCCCCUUCCAUAUUGCAGUGGUGCCAGACCUAACACAAUUUUGUCUGUAAAGUUUUAAGAUAAAAAAUCUCCUUUGUAAAGAAAUUUUAUUAAGAAAACAAUAAUCCUAAUAAAUAUGUCAAGAAGCCA